GAACAUGCUCCUGUCGCAUUGGCAAAUCUCCUCCUCCCUCUGAGCUCCUCCCUCUCCUCUCCUCUCCUAAUGUCCGCCCGUGUUUCACUGCCUCGACCACUCGAUCCGCCGCCUGCCAAACGAGCUCGACUGCAGGAAUUCUCUUCCUCGUCGCGUCGUCGCAAGAGCUCCCCCGAUCUACUCGACGUCACCAACUCCCAUUCUCAUCCUCGACCAUCGCAUCUUUCCUCGCCAUCGCCCGCGGCCUCGUUGGCUCCUUCCCCGCACGCCAAAGUUGCAUCUGGAGCGCAAUCCCGGCGGGCGUUGACGCGCCGUCCGCUGGUCUCCUCCAACACGACCACGUCUCCCCUGUCUCCCAAUACUCCGCGACACUCCGACCGUCGUCGCAUUCUACGCCAUGAGACGCCCGUCAAUACUCUACCCUCAUUCUUUCUCCACCAGGAGCGUGAAUCGCCCGAUCCCCUAGACACCAUAUCCCCCUCCGUCUCCCGUCGAAUUUCCCCCGCCGGUCGCUCCUCCGCUCUUUCCUCCGCCGCUGCCGCUGCCACCGCCGCUUCAUCGGCCCGUCGCCCGCGCCGUCAAGCUCCGCCCUCAGCACCAGACGCAACACCCAUUCAGGAAGAUUCACCAGCUGCAGUCACACAAAGAUCAAAUCGUUCCACCCGCAGCGCGGUCGCUUCUCAGCCGGCCGCCGAAUCUCCUUCCAAUGCGCGGGAGUCACGGCGCUCCCUCCGCUCCAACGACACAGGCUCUCGCGCCCGCAGCGAGCUAGCGGCCUAUUUCCCCAACUAUGAAGAGCUCCUCAGCCUGGAGCCGCCCAAGACCGAAUUCCUAGCUGGUAGCACCACCAUCAAACUCAUCGAUGACCUUCCUGUUCCGAUCGUUGCUCGAAUCAAAUCCAAUUCAGAGUUGGAUCUGGACCGUCCUUUCGGGAAUCCGCUCAUCAACCUUCACAAUUGCGAAGUUAUUGCUCUACCCGAACCUCCUUCGUCCCCGUCUCCCCCCUCAGACCCUUCUGCCGACCCGAUCCCCGAAGAUCCCCUCGAUGAGAGCAUCUUCUUCCGCGCGCAUCGUCGUAAUGAGCGCCAGGAAAAGCAGCUCCGGAACAUCGAACGCGAUCGAGCUCAACAUGAGAAGCAACACCUUGACCGUCUCCUCGAUGAGCUUCAAGGUCACGACUGGCUCCGAAUCAUGGGCAUCAGUAGCCACACGGAGCAGGAUAAGAAACUUUACGAGCCCAAACGCGACUACUUUAUCCGGGAGAUCUCCGCUGUUCUCCAGAAAUUCAAGAUCUGGAAGGAAAAAGAAAAGCGCCGUAAGGUAGAUAAGGAUAAACCCGCCGAGCAAAUCACCGCCGAUGCGAAAGAAGCAACAGCGACAACGACCACUGCCGCAGCAGCAGAAGACCGAUCGACAGCAGACGCAGAGGGAGAGGGGGCUGCCGGUCCCACCACUGCCGCAGCAGACGGGGGAGGGGGUGACACCCAAAGCUAUUCCGGUGACCCACCAGACCCCAACGACGUCGAUGCCUGGGCUGCUCGCCAACUUCUUCAGGAGGCUCGGUCUGCAACCACUGCAACGGGGCCGACAGGCAAGAAACCCCGUACCACCCUCACCGCUCCCAAGAGGGCCACCAUCACCGCAUACUUCCAGAAGGCCGGCUCGUCCACGACGACAACGACGACGAGCACGACCACUGUUCCUCCUCCUCCUCUUCCCCCACCGCCGCCAUCCGAACCCGAAAAGCCAUUCACCUCUUUCUUCACCGAUUCAGAUACUCGCAAAGCAGCCCUCUCGGCCUACCGCACGGGCGCUCGGACGCCGUACGCCUUUGGCCAUCGCAUCCCGGACUUCCAGCCACGAGACUUCGAGCUGCCGCCAGACAUGUUGACGCCCGAGGCCAUCGACUCCUGUCGGCGGAAGAAACGGCGAAUGAGACGGGCGAGUCGAGGCUCGAAUGAAUUGUAAUUUUACCAUACCAUUAAGGGGGACUUGUUUGCGUGCCAUACAUAC